AGGUUCAGAGGGUUUAGAUGUCACAGGAGAUGCUGAAGGGUGUUCGUCGUCCGCCGCCGGCUCCGUGGAUUUCCUCCUCCAUUGCCAUCACGCAAGUGAUCAAUCUCGCUGCUACUUCGACGAGCCGAGAGAUGGAUUCUUCGAGGCCUUCCUUUCCUAUUAACUAAGAAGCAACGAGUCAAGCUCAAGCAAGUCAAUUAGUUAAUGUGAAGCAAAAGAACAGCAUCAUUACUAAGAUUGUUAGCAGCUAAGAGGGGAAGGAAAAGAAGGCUGCAUGCAACGCCCAUGGCCAGGACUCCUCUUACUUCCUGGGGUGGCAGGAGUAUGAGAAGAACCCGUAUGAUCCAACCACUAAUCCCACCGGCAUCAUCCAAAUGGGUCUCGCAGAGAACCAGCUCUCUUUCGAUCUCAUCGAGUCGUGGCUGGAGCGCCACCCCGACGCCGUCGGACUUAGGCGGGACGGUGCCCUCGUCUUCCGCGAGCUCGCUCUUUUCCAGGACUACCACGGCCUGCCCCACUUCAAGAAAGCAUUGGCUGAUUUCAUGGGCCAAUUAAGAGGAAACAAGGUGGAAUUGCAGUGGCGCAACCUCGUCCUUACCGCCGGCUCCACCUCCGCCAACGAGACUCUCAUCUUUUGCCUAGCCGAACCCGGCGAAGCAUUCCUCCUCCCCACUCCCUACUACCCAGGAUUCGACAGGGAUCUGAAAUGGCGAACCGGCGCCGAAAUCGUCCCCAUCCACUGCUCCAGCUCCAACGGCUUCCGCAUCACCAAGCGCGCCGUGGAAAAAGCCUACCAGCAAGCGCGCAAACAGCGCCUGAGCGUGAAGGGAAUCCUCGUCACCAACCCUUCCAAUCCGCUCGGUACCUCCCUCACCCACGCCGAACUCCGCACCCUCCUCGACUUCGCCCUCGCUAAGGGCAUCCACCUCAUCAGUGACGAAAUCUACUCCGGCACCGCCUUUGCCAGCUCCCCGGCCUUCGUCAGUGUCCUCGAGGCCAUGCAGGUACAUCCCCUGAAUCUCGACCUCGCCGACCGCGUCCACGUCGUGUACAGCCUCUCCAAGGACCUCGGCCUCCCGGGCUUCCGCGUGGGCGCCCUCUACUCCGCCAACCCGGAGGUGGUGGCAGCCGCCACUAAGAUGUCUAGCUUUGGCCUUGUCUCCUCGCAGACGCAGUACCUCCUCGCGGCGCUGCUCUGUGACCAUGACUUCACCGCGCGCUACGUGGCAGAGAACAAGAAGAGGAUCGCCGAUCGGCACGGACGGCUCGUGGAGGGGCUCCGCCGUGCCGGUGUGGAGUGCCUGGAGAGCAACGCGGGGCUCUUCUGCUGGGUGGACAUGCGGCACCUGCUGCUCGUUGACACCUUCGAAGGGGAGAUGGAGUUGUGGCGGAAGGUGGUGUACGAGGUGGGCCUCAACAUCUCGCCGGGGUCGUCAUGCCACUGUGACGAGCCCGGCUGGUUCCGCCUUUGCUUCGCCAACAUGUCAGAGGAGACCCUCGACGUUGCGAUGCAGCGCCUCCAAAAUUUUGUCGCCUCCUCCAGCCAAUGCAGCGGCCACGGAACCCGCAGCUGGCCGAGGGGGUCUAUUAGCUUUGCGAGGUGGAUGGUGGGCCUAUCGUCGUCACGCGAUCACCGGCGGUCGGAGAGAGGAUACUAGUUCAUUAUUAAAUUUAUACAACCAUAGGCAUCAUACUUGAUACUUUGUGUGAAUGUGCAUGUCGUUAUAAAUAUGUCCAUGAUCUUCUGUUUCCCCUGUUUCUUUUGAACAAAAGAUCAUGUAGUAAAGUUUCUCCAUUCUUGAUUUUUUUUUCUUGGAGCAUUGAUUUGAAAGUGCCCAAGGAUUCAUGUGGGAAGGAGCUGGUUUUGAGUCUAUAUACUUUAAAAACCCUGCAGUUUGUUUGUCUUUCAUGUGGAGAGUAGUUUAUUGGAAGA